AGAGAUUGUCUUUUGAAUCCUAAAUAUGUUGAUUUGAGUUCCACAGAGGCAGCAAGAGAACUGAAAGCGAUGAAUGGCCGCGUUCCUGAACGGGAUCAACAGAACAUUGAGUGCGACAUACUACUAGGGGGAAAGAGAGAGGAAGAAAGUCCGCCUAAUUUAAAUGACCCACUUUAUCCGGAAGCCCACACACCUCAUCAGAACACAAGAAACUUGAACUCAUGUUCGCAGAUAGUUUUUUGGAAAUGCAAACUAUGGAUGGUUAUAAUUUCUGCGUUCGUGGUGAUGAUCCUUGUGAUUAUACUAAGUUUAGUUUUAUACUCAGAAGUUUACAUAGAUGAAGAUGAAUAUUUGGAUGCUGAAUUAAUUGCAAGUGGUAUUCACCAUAAUUUCUCAGGAAUAUUAAACAUUCGUUGUGCCAAUAAUUCUGACCCGCCACUUUCAGCAUCAGCAUAUACUUUGCUUUCUGAAAAUCUCAGCAAGAGGCUUACAGAUGUAUACAGUGAUUCACCAGCUCUUGGGCGAUAUUUUAUCUCUGCUGAAGUUUCCUUCAGUGAUGAAAACAAUACAGCAUCCUACCACUUAUGCUUCUCAGUGCCAGCUGAAACUGAAGCAUUCAUGAAGUAUAGAAUGAGUGAAGAGUUUCUGAUGAAUAUUUUAAGGCAAAAUAUUUAUGAUCAAGAAGAAAUACACGGGCAGGUCAUACCUGAAUGUACAAAUAUGACACUUGAUCCAACUUCUAUUUCGCUAACAAUAAUGCAGGCUAUUGAUACAGAACGGUGAAUUGUGUACUGGAUCUCCAGAUUGGCCUUUUUCACAUAUGGAGCCUAUCAUAUUUAUUUUGUUCAAAGAACACAGUUCUGCAGAUAAUUUCCAAUAUGAUCUCAGUCCUCUUAUUCCAACCAACAACUGCUUGAAAAUACGGCUGCAUCAAUGAAUUGGAUAAAAUGGUGUCUACACAUGAGGGAACCCAUUCUGGCAAUGUUACAAAUCCAGGUUUAGAAUCCUAUCGAGAUCCAUUGCAUUGGACAGCUAGCAGAUCGCAAGCAAUGGAAGAAGUUAAAAGGACAACUUCGUAAGAGAAGGAGCAUUCCAGAACAUAGACGCAUAAGGCACCAUUCAGCCUAGAGCUGGAGACAAUUCUGAAACCCAUUCUUUAUAAACAUAGGGGGGAUCUACAUGUUGUAGUCGAGGCGCCUUCUCACGCAUUUUUUUAAACUGCACCAUAACGUUGCAUGCCACAAUCAUCUCUCCCUGCCAUUAUAUCUUUCCCUUUACUCCAUUGUGUUUCAUUUCCCCGGGUCACACAUCCUUCAAACCCUGUCUCCUUUCGUAGCAAUAGGGCAUUGUGUAAAGGCGGGCUUUCGUCAUCCUUGCUGUUGACAUCCUCGAUACUUCCCGGAUCUCUCCCCCCCAUGUCUAACUGUUUCUGCGCAUAAGUGUUUGUGCUCCUCUAGUGGUACCAUCCUUUACUGCAAGUAAUUUCACUUUGGUAAAGAUGAAUUCAGUCUAUCAGCUUAUCGAAGUGAUUAGCAGCAUUGCUGUAUCUGUUAAUGUACUCCUCUGUGCUCUUCGGGCAUUAGCUUUCCUCGAGGACGAGCACAUGGAGUGUCGGGCAGACCUCAUCUGGAAAAUUAAAAUUUGUCAUAGACGAUGGAUGAACUUAGGACUCCAGUUUGUGGAGGACAGUAACUUUCUUGUUCAGUGAUCCAACCUUAUUCGUCUUCCUGCCAUCUUCCAUUGCUACUGGGUCCAUCCCAGUAGUAAGGAUUUGUGGGAGAAUUUAGUCCUAAAAGUAUGGAAUGAUGAGAGGUGGAUGGAGAGCUUCAGGAUGACAAGAGGUACCCUCUUUGAAACAGUAGCAGAGCUCACCCCAGCACUUCAGAGGCAGCAGACUGCAGUGAGGGAUCCGCUUAGUGUUGCAAAGCGGGUUGCUAUCGCAAUUUGGAAGUUGCCUAAUCCUGGGUUCUACAAAACAGCAGCUGAGCAGUUCGGUGUUGGCCGGUCUACUGUGGCAGAAGUGUUUGUGGAGGUGUCCUUGGCCAUGGAGCACAUUCUACGCCUCCGCACAGUCCAUAUCGGGGAUUAUUGCAAGGUGAUGGACAGCUUUGCUGCUUUGGGGGUUUCAUCACUGUUCAGGGGGCUGCGAUGGGACUCACAUUACUAUAGUUUCUCCUAUUUGUCAGGGAAAUGACGUCAUUAAGAAGAACUUUUAUUUGAUGCUUCUCCAGGAAACAACAGACCACAUCGGCUGUUUCACACACAUCGAAAUAGGAUGAAGCGGAGAAAAACAUGACACGUGUUUUCUGCAAUUCAUCCCUCUUCGAGGCUAUGGAUGCGGGAGUUUUUGUCCCUGCUAAUGACAUCUGGAGACUGGGGGAUAUAGAAGUCCUGCCACUACUUUUUGUGGAUGGGGAUUAUCCCAUUAGGAAAUGGCUUAUGAAGCUCUAUGGUGGGAACCUCACCCCGGAGCAGGCACACUUCAACUUCUGCCUGAGUUGAGGACAGAAUGUUGUCGUACAUGUGUUUGGGCGACUAAAGAGCCAUUGUCAGUGUCUCACUGGUCAGCUGGAGGUGGCAGAGGAAAAUGUUCCAUCCAUUAUCAGUGUCUGCAUGAUUCUUCACAACAUCUGUGAAGCAAAGGGUCACACAAAGGGUCACAAGCGCCAUGGAGCAAAACCAAGUUGUUUUUCCCACCCUCGGUCUUCCAUAUGUCAAUGAUAACAAUGAACUUGCUGAAGAGAGCAGGAAAGGGAGGGAUGCCAUCAGUACAUAGUUGUGGCAUGUGCGGGAAAGGAGGAGGUGAUUUUAUUAUUAUUAUUAUUAAUUUUCAAAAUACAUAGAGAAACAAAAACAUACAAACAAACAAUUUUCAUGGUUGACUACUGACAGAAGGUAGUACAUUUAGCAUAUUUUAUCCAUUUCUUUACAGGUGUAGUUAGGAUUAGAAUUUUAUUAAACAAUUAGAGAUUAUGUAAUUCUUCAUAGCUGUACAUUAUAAUUAGUCUCUCUUCCAUAGUUUCAAAAAGAGCUGUAACAAAUUCUGCUGCAUAUGCCCUUGACUUGUAAAUAAUAUAAAGUCAUGCCAUAUACUGUAAAAAUCACGAGUUUUAGCUUUGCCCUUACCUAAUUUGAGUUGAUGUGUCUACUUUUUUGUCAUAGCUAUUUGCCACAGUUCCAUAUACCAAAAUUUGAAAGUUAACAAUUUCUCAGUUUUCCAAUUUCUGGCAAUUACUGUUUGAGCAGCCAUCAAAAUGAAUACUAUUAAUUCUUUAGACUUAACAUUUACAUUUUGUUCCUUCCAAAUAGUUAGAAAUACUAAUGCUGGUUUAACAUGCAUAAUUUGAUAUGUGAUCUUUUCCAUUUCUGUGAAUAUCAUAUUCCAAAACUGUAACACUAUAGGACAGGACCACCACAUAUGAAAAUAUGAACCUUGCUGAUUACAUUUUCUCCAGCAUUUUGUAUUAUUUGUAUUCAUUAUUCUUGCUAAUCAUAUUGGUGACAUUUACCAUCAUUAUAACAGUUUAAAAGAGUUCUCCCUGA